AAGGGGCGGUUUUAUCCUGCGGGUAUCCACACGAUUGAAUAAGGCAACUAUCUCUUUUUUGGGAUUGGACGACUUUUCACUUUUCUCCACCCACAGAUUUUUUGUAAGAUUAACACUGGCUGUGGACCGAGUCACUCAAAACCGAACGGGUUGCUAUGGGCAUCGAUUUAUGAAGGCAGAGGGAUUUGAUUUUAGAGGUUACGUUCAUUUAAGAAUUUACACUCACUUAUAUUUGACAAAUUCACGAAUUUCAAACGAAACUACGAAACCAUGGCACAGAAGAAAAAUGCACGAGGGCACGGUCUGAAAAAAGGACCAGAGGCUAAACAGCAAUCGAACAAGAAUGGGAAGAAGUCAGAUGGAGCGGGGGCUACCUCGUUCUUUACCUGGUUCAUGGUGUUGGCUCUCCUUGGUGUCUGGACCUCAGUAGCAGUUGUCUACUUUGACCUGGUUGACUAUCAAGGCGUCAUUGCCAAGGCAAAGGACUUUCACCAUAAUCUUUCAGAGGUUUUAAAAGGCAAACUUGUUUCCUAUGAUGCUGAUGGUGAUGGUGACUUUGAUGUGGAGGACGCUAAAGUGCUGCUAGGACUGAAAGAUAAGGUUACUGCUGUGGAGGAGCCAGCUAAAGAAGAAGCACAAGCAGCACCUGUGGAGCAAGUGCCUGAGCCAGAACCUGUUGAGGAGACACAGCCCACAGAAGAGGAGGCAGUUCCAGAGCCAGGGCCAUUAGAGGUGGAACCUGAACAAGUGGAUGUGCAGCCGCCAGAAGUUGUAGAAGAUGAGCCUGAGGUUCUAGAAGAGGAGCAAGAGAUUAUUGAAGAGGAAGUAGAGGUUCCAGAGGAAGAACCUAUAGUCCUGGAGGAGGAACCAGAGCUUACAGAGGAGCCUGAAGCAGAGGCUGUGGAGGCGGCUCCAGUGGAGUUGGAAGUAGAAGCUGCUCCUGAGGUAGUGGCGGAGGAGGCAACUGAAGAGUCCGCUCCAGUUGAAGAGGCUGAUGCUGUUGAGGAGCCAGUGGAAGAACCAGUUGAAGAGGCAGAAUCCACUGAUGAAGCUGUUGAAGAACCAGAGGAGGAGGCCACACAUGAAGAGGAGGAGGCCGCGCCGGUAGAGGAGGAGGCCGCGCCGGUAGAGGAGGAGGCCGCGCCGGUAGAGGAGGAGGCCGCGCCGGUAGAGGAGGAGGCGGCCGCGCCGGUAGAGGAGGAGGAGGCCGCGCCGGUAGAGGAGGAGGAGGCCGCGCCGGUGGAGGAGGAGGCCGCGCCCGUGGAGGAGGAAGUUGCACCAGCAGAGGAGGAGGCAGUAACCGAUCAAGCUGUUGAGCAAGCUGAACCAGUUGAAGCUAUUGAGAAGGACGCACCUAUAGAAGAUGCCAUAGAAUUGCCCACAGAUGAAGAGUCUGUUGGUGAAGAGUUUUCUGAAGAAGAGGCAGAGGCCGACCAAACAGAGGACACAGCAGAAGAUCUGGCUCAAGAGGAGGCCUUUGUGCCUGAUUCUGAACUUACAGAGGAAGCGGAGGAGGAGAUGGCAGAUGAGCCCCAAGAAGAAGUAUUGGAAGAGUUUCAGCCAGAGGAACAGCUUCAAGAUGAGCCCUCAGAAACGUAAAACUUGAGUGCCUGCUGAGGGUCAGAAAGCAUGAGGACCUGUCCACAUCACAUUCCACUGAACCUGAGCAGCUGCCCAUUCCCACCAUCAAAAAAACAAGAGGAAACUAGUGCUGUUAAAUUUUCUUUGAUACAUAAUUUCAAUACUAUUUUAGGGGGUGGCAUUUGUUUAUUUGAUAGCUCACAGUUCUGAGCUAAGUUUUCUUUCUUUUUUUUGAUUAGUUCUCUUUAGGUUGAGUUCAGUUUGCUGUAGAAUCUCCUAACAUCUUUUGCCAGGAACCAACAUUCCCCAUAGACCGUUUUUUAAUAUUUUCGUUGAAAGAGUUGUUUUAGCUUUUGUUUUCUUUCCUGUGUAUACGGCAGAGGUACAUGUUGCUUUGCUAUUUCCAUUCUUCACAUUAUCACUCAAAUGUAGUUCAGUGGUUAAAAAUCUUAAACUGAACGGUGUCUCACUUUGGAAUGUUAAAACCAAGGUUUGUCCAUUUUUAAUGUGAAGCUUCUAUGCAAAGCUGCACUGAUCUUCAGCAGUGAUGUUUUUGUAUUACCAGUAUAAACUGAGUCUACACUUCAUGUUAAUGCAUAUCAAAGGCAUGUUUAUGCUGGCAGGUUAACUUGGAUAUUUCUUCAGGUUUUCUGUGUAUGAGGGUGUAUGUAAAGGUUUGUGUGCAAGUGUGAGCAAAAUAUUUUGCUGAACAAUCAUUUCUAAGGUGUGUGUGUGUGUGUGUGUGGGUGGGAGAACGGGUGCGCGUGCGCGCGUGCUAAUAUGAGACACCAUUUUUCUCUGUGAUUUGAGUCUUACUUUUUCAUCACCCACUAGAUCCUCCUUAGACCUUUUCAAUACUGUAAGUUUGCUGUACAUACUGGGGAACUUAACACCGCUAGAUCUAGUUAAAUGUGCUCAUGGUCUUGUCAAGCUAUUGUAUUGGCAAUCAAAGAGCCCAUUAUCUGUAUUUUACCUCUUUUCAUCUGUUCUGACUCAAUGUACCUAUAUCUCUCAUGACCUGUUGAAGAUACCACUGCUCUGACUAAAGGUGGGUAUGUAAAUGAGACUCUUUACCAGUACCUCUUGUGUGGUGAAACUUUUAAAAGCUUUUAUGAUUUCAGCCACAGGCUGGGCCCAGCUGUGUGGUUUGAUACAAGCUUUGUGUGACUAAGUGUGGGAAAGUAGUAAAUCCAUGUGAAAUGUCUUUACAUGGUCAAUGGCAUAUGUUGAGGAUGACCUAACUAGGUAUGCAUUCAGGAGUGACUCAUCAUGUAUAAAUUAUCCUACAGUAAGACCAUGAGUUGACACCAUGAAUGUGCUGAUUGUAGACCAUUUCACCCCAUUGUGUCGUAAACACCUUCCCUGUGCAACAGAAGAUGAAUUGUUUGUCUUGUGUCUGUUAGUUUUGAUACUGCAUGUUUGCCUUUCUAAAAAUCCAAGAUAAACUAAAAGAAAUGCUGUCAAGAUUUAGAAGGGAAUGUGACAGCCCCGAGGCUCUAAAAUCUCUCCGGAAGUGUAACUACACUUAAUGUACUCUAAUGUGUUUGAAGUUUUCAAUGUCAGGUGUGUUUUAAAUUCACAUCGGGCUACUUCGAGAGACUAAUACUAUUUUGACCUCAAAAGUCUGUCUAGAAGGAAACUCAACAUGUCUAAUCUCUAUGCUGGCCCCUGAAGUAUUUUUGCUGUGGUUUCAGCUGUGCUCUCCCCCUUGUGUUAGCAUUUUGUGUACAUUGUGUUUGUAUGGGGCCUGCCAGAAUAAAUGUUGUCUGUGUGAUAGACUUAAGGAACUAAUGCAUUGCAAAAUCUCUUCCGAGGAAUUAGACAGCGGAUUCAUAACAAGACAAGAAGAUUAAACAAUUUUUAGGAAUUUUCUGUUUUUUUAUCUUGCUCUUAUCUUUUCUACUCAACACUUUUGGAAGUCUGUGAAUUUUUAAUGUGGUGUUUAAUUUUACACAAGACAAAGAUGGGUCUGUUUUAGAUUUUUAAACUUUUGGGGCAAAGAUUUUCCAUUUAAUUGUAAAGAAAACAAAGUGUUAAUUUUUCAAAGCCAUAUGUGAAAAGGUGGUGUUGAGCAGCUUAGAAUGGAUAAUUCUACAAGGGAAACGCAUUACAAAACUAGCAAUAACGCAGUCUCAUAAGGACAUAAUUCUUUAUUGCAUAUUUGAACAGGAGUUUUACUCAAUAAGCUCCCUAUUUCCCUGUGUCAGAGGUUUACAAAGAAUCCUGCUGUAUAGGCUGACCAAUUUUAAGUUAUUGUGAAUUUUACAUUUUUGUCACAACUGUACAUUUCUGUUUGAGUACUGCAAUAAAGGUUUGGGACAACUGUU